CGAUCGCCCAAGCGACGACGCAUUCUGGCCUCGAUCAAUCCGCCAGAAUUAAGUCACGCCCGCUCCGACGACUACAACCCUGGCGACGCAGACCGAAAGGACCAGCACAGGCACGCGCCAUCCAAGACCAAGACAAGCAAGUUCCGCUUCAAGUCCGCCCCAACCGGGGGCUCUAGGUCAAGGCGCAGAAGCAGAAGCCCGCGCCACCCCGCGCCGCUCGACCCAGAGGCCGCCUUCCGCGAGUCGCUCUUCGACGCCAUGGCCGAUGACGAGGGCGCCGCGUAUUGGGAGGGCGUGUACGGGCAGCCCAUCCACGUGUACGCGGCCGACCGGGAGCGCGGCAGCGGCGGCGGCGAGCUGGAGCGCAUGACGGACGACGAGUACGCUGCCUACGUGCGCCAGAAGAUGUGGGAGAAGACGCACGCCGGCGCCAUCGAGGAGCGCGCCCGCCGCGCCCGCGAGCGCCAGGCCGCCCAGCUGCACCAGGAGGAGGGCCGUCGCAUCCAGGCCGAGAUGGAGCGCAGCCUGCGCAGGGGCGAACAGCGCCGCAAGCGGAGGGCGUGGACGGACCGCUGGGACCUCUAUCUCGCGGGGUGGGCCGCGUUUGCCGGUGCCGGUGGCGGGCCUGUGGGCGUCGAAGCGCCCCAAGCAAGUAGCGGUGCAGGAGCAGCAGCGGCGGCGGGGAUCCCGUGGCCCGUCGACAGGGCGGACGGCGCGCCCGUCGACGAGCAGUCGGUGCGGGCGUUUUUCGUUAACGGCCUCGGCCUCGACGAGGUCAGCGAGAAGGAGUUCGCCGCCCGCCUCAAGGACGAACGCGUCCGCUGGCACCCCGACAAGAUGCAGCACCGCCUCGGCGGCCACAUCGACGCCGCCACUAUGCGCGACGUCACGGCCAUCUUCCAGGCCAUCGACGCCCUGUGGAACGACUCCCGCAAGAGC